AAUUUCAUUCACAAUUUACAUCAGUAAACCAUCCUGUCCCAGCAUUUAAACCUCGCGGAUUGCUUUCAAUCGAGAUCGGUAAAGAUUCCAGGACAAUCCGGGAGGUGUAACCAACCCCCCCUCUCUCUUAGCCCCGGAACUUUUAUUCGGCCCGGAAUCAUUUCCCUCGCCGGAAAUACUUGCGCUGCCGAGUAUUGAAGGAGGAAGUGGGGACCCACAUCAUGUGUCAUUGUCGUGGAGGGCAGAACGCACGUGGAGCGCUCAAUUGAGGGGUUCUCAUUGACAUCGCGGUGGGGAGGGCUCUAAUUAAUUGGCAAAAAGGGUUUAUUUGGAGAGGGGGGGUGUCCAUCAAGAGUCGCCUUCGCAAUGGUCUUCCUGUCCUUAAGUCGCUUGGUCAGGGUGAAGAGUGAUAACCAUUACUGGCGGGCGAAAGAGCUCUUCAAGUAUUCGCAGCAUUUCCGAGGACGCAAGAACCGAUGCUAUGGCCUGGCCGUGCGCGCGGUCCGGCGCUCUUUCGUCUAUGCCACCAAGGCCCGUCAUCUGCGAAGGCGAAACAUGCGCACCUUGUGGAUCACACGAGCCACUGCUGGCAUCUUGGAGCACGGGCUGAAAUACAGCCAUUUUAAAACCAACCUUCUGAAGACACAGGUGAUGCUGAACCGCAAGAUGCUCGCUGACCUGGCGAUCACGGAGCCGCGUACGUUCAAGUCGUUGGCGGCUCUGUCGAAGCGUCGCGGGGAGGAGGGCUUCCUGGCGGCGCUGGAUGACGGGAAGGAACCCACGGGGAUUUUUUCACGAAUCGUACAUUGCGAUCGCACAUAGGCGCCAAUAGCUGCCUGGCACGGGCCCUCUACCUCCCACAUCACAGGCACACAUGCACACAUGCACAGACUCGUUUCCACACAAAUGCAUACGAAUGCGCCAAUACAAAGGAGACCCUGUGUAACCUACACGUACUGUUUGGGGAAAGUGCUGUUAGCAAGCUUGUACUAGGUCAGGGGUCGGCAACCUACGGCUCCGGAGCCGCAUGCGGCUCUUUACGGGCUGCUUCUUGACGAUAUGUACGUAUGUACAGUAUGUACUCAGAUGCAUUGCGGCUCUUGAAAUACAGAAUUUUGUACCGAAUUGGAAAGAAAUGGCUCUUCUUGUUAUUUUGGUUGCCGACCCCUGUACUAGGUCAUCUCGGCCUUAAUUGAGUACCUGCUGUGGUGUGCGAGCAUCAACGCUGGGGACAUAAACGCAGCAAGGUGUGGUGCUGGCCACACCACCUCGUGUUCCUCGCCGGGCUUAAUAGGUGUGUGCUUACAGCACCUAAGCGGACAGUAUAUGGAGGCUAUGAAGGGAUAUUUGUUUAUAACAGCAUAUCGAUACAAAUGCGCAUAUGAACACCUAUACAUAAACCUAUAUACACACACACACACAUGCAACUUGUGAUACCCCCAUGUACAGAGAGAAUUGUGAUUUUUUUUCGUAUGAUAGCAAAACAGAAGAACCAAACAUUGUUUUGUGUGAAUCUGGUUGGUUACAUGCAGUGUAAUGUUCGUAUUUACAUUAUUUUAAAGAACGGCAUGCUUAUAUUCUGCACUAUGUACCACGCAAUGACUUGACAUUGUGGCUAUAAAUAGACUCCUAUGAAAUUUUGACUUAAAACUUUCGUGACUGUAGGAAUUCAUAUUCUUUGGUUCUUUCGGUAAAGUCACAUAGAUAGAAAAUAAUAAAAUGGAUACAGAAAAAAAUAGGUUUUUAUUACUUUUUUUAUUUUCUAUCUAUGUGACUUUACCGAAAGAAUAAAAGAAUAUAGACUCUGUUGUAUGUUUCCUAACGUCAAUAAAUGUGUAUUGCUUCAACAAUGCUGUGCAUUUUGUUACGUGCAUUGCACAUCCUGUUAUGUACACAUUGUUUAAAGAAAAGGCUCUAAAGAAUUGUCAUUUUCAGAAAUAUCCGAUUGCACUAUGUAACACAAUUUUUAUUCCUGGGUAGUAAGUGUUAUUUCGUAAUUGCUU